GCGGGCUCCAGGAACUCCGGCGGGAGGGCGGGCGCUCCUGGCUCUCGGGCCGGCGCGCUGGGCCGCAGCACCUGCGGGGGCCGGCGCAGGGCGCGGCGCCCGGCGGGCGGACCUCGACGCCCAGGAGCGAGGGCGGGGAGCCGGGACCGGGACUGGGGACGGAGCGGGAGGGGACGCUACCCCGCAGCCCCCUCCCCUGGGGGACGGGGCGGAAGCAGCCGGGCGGGGGGCGGUGUGAGCGGGCGCAGAGGACAGCACCAUCUGGAGGGGCGGGACCGCGCGGCCUCUGGGGGGCAGGCGAGUGCGUUGGGCAGUGCCGGCUGGGGGCCCCAGGCGGGGAGUUGUGCAGGAAGAGCGCGGCGGGCUCAGCCCAGGGCUGCCGGAGCAGCAGCCGCAGCGGGUCGGGGUUCUCAGCUGGGGCCCGCAGCAGCUUCGCGGGCUGAAGCUCGGCGUGGAGGAGCAGGGGGGCGUGGGUCCGGCGGUGCAGGAGGAGGGCGGGGUGGGCCCGGGGGUGCAGGAGCGGGGUGGCCGGGGCCACGAGCCCAGUCUGGGGGUGGUGUGGGGGCCGCCGGACGGCGCGGACUGGAGGCGCCCGCCGCCGUGGACUGGCUCCGCGGGCUGGCCGGUGGUGCAGGAGGAGGGGCUGGGGCCCCGCAAGCAGCACCAGGAGAAAGGGGAAGGUAGCCCCGCAGUGCAGGAGCGUGGGGAGGCCCGCACCGGGGUGCAGGAACGGGGGGAGGGGAGCCCACGCCGGCUGCUGCAGCAGCCCGAGCAGCUGUCCGAGCUCGGGCAGGGCUCUUGGGAGCGCAGAGACGAGCUCGAAAGUUCCGGGGAGCCGUACUGGGAGAGCUGCGGGCACCUCAGACGGGAGGCGGUGGUCCUGGGAGCGGUCCCGGCCCGUCGCAAGAGACUCGAACUGCUGGGGAGGGCCCGGCCAGUGGGGCCCCGGGGGCCUGAGGGGGAGGGACGUCUGGGGGUGCAGGAAGCGAAUUGGCUGCCUGGGGUACAGGAGGGACAGGUGGUGCGGGCUGUCCAGGAAACCUACCUGGACGGGAAGGGGUCCCAGGAGGGGGAGGGGCCCCCUGAGGGGCACAGGCUCCGGAGGCGCAGGCGGAGGAGGAGGUGGUAACCCACGGGCUGGCUGCUCGGCACCAGGGCCGGGCCGGGCCGGGCCGGGGUCGAGGUGAGCGCAUAAUGUAGGGGUUUGGGGAGAGGGGAGCAGAAGAGCACCGUGAACCUGGGGGCGUUGGAAACCACUGCCCGGUAGCAAGCAGUGUCCUGCUGGGUCCUUUUCUGCCACCUCGGCUGGGACAUCCUAGAAGCAGUGUCUGCAGUGAGCCAGUGGAAGGCAGCAGCCUCCUCCCAGACCAGUGUGAUUUCAGACCUGGGAUGACCUGAAGGAGUGAGGUUUCCUGGUGCAGUUCCUCUGGGAUGAAGUCCCACGGGGACCAGCCUGACCCUGGUCCAGAAGCUUAGGCCCUGCACACAAGAGGAGGCUGGGGAGCAGCAGCAUGCAGCCGGAGGAGGGCACAGGCUGGCUGCUAGAGCUGCUGUCCGAGGUGCAGCUGCAGCAGUACUUCCUGCGGCUCCGCGACGACCUCAACGUCACCCGCCUGUCCCACUUUGAGUAUGUCAAGAACGAGGACCUGGAGAAGAUUGGCAUGGGCCGACCCGGCCAGCGGCGGCUGUGGGAGGCCGUGAAGAGGAGGAAGGCCAUGUGCAAACGCAAGUCCUGGAUGAGCAAGGUGUUCAGUGGAAAGCGGCUGGAGGCUGAGUUCCCCCCUCAUCACUCUCAGAGCACCUUCCGGAAGACCUCGCCCACCCCGGGGGGCUCUGCUGGGGAGGGGUCCCUGCAGAGCCUCACCUGCCUUAUUGGGGAGAAGGACCUGCAUCUCUUCGAGAAGCUGGGAGAUGGUUCCUUUGGCGUGGUGCGCAGGGGCGAGUGGGACGCCCCCUCCGGGAAGACGGUGAGCGUGGCUGUGAAGUGCCUGAAGCCCGACGUGCUGAGCCAGCCGGAGGCCAUGGACGACUUCAUCCGGGAGGUCAACGCCAUGCACUCGCUUGACCACCGAAACCUCAUUCGCCUCUACGGGGUGGUGCUCACACCGCCCAUGAAGAUGGUGACAGAGCUGGCACCUCUGGGAUCAUUGUUGGACCGGCUACGCAAGCACCAGGGCCACUUCCUGCUGGGUACCCUGAGCCGCUAUGCUGUCCAGGUGGCUGAGGGCAUGGGCUACCUGGAGGCCAAGCGCUUCAUUCACCGGGACCUGGCCGCCCGAAAUCUGCUGUUGGCCACCCGAGACCUGGUCAAGAUUGGGGACUUCGGGCUGAUGCGAGCACUGCCCCAGAAUGAUGACCACUACGUCAUGCAGGAACAUCGCAAGGUGCCCUUUGCCUGGUGUGCCCCAGAGAGCCUGAAGACGCGCACCUUCUCCCAUGCCAGCGACACCUGGAUGUUUGGGGUCACGCUGUGGGAGAUGUUCACCUACGGCCAGGAGCCCUGGAUCGGCCUCAAUGGCAGUCAGAUCCUGCAUAAGAUUGACAAGGAGGGGGAGCGUCUACCGCGGCCCGAGGACUGCCCCCAGGACAUCUACAAUGUCAUGGUCCAGUGCUGGGCUCACAAGCCCGAGGACAGACCCACCUUUGUGGCUCUGCGGGACUUUCUGUUGGAGGCUCAGCCCACCGACAUGCGGGCCCUUCAGGACUUCGAAGAACCUGACAAGCUGCACAUCCAGAUGAACGACGUCAUCACCGUCAUCGAGGGGAGGGCUGAGAAUUACUGGUGGCGUGGGCAGAACACGCGGACGCUGUGCGUGGGGCCCUUCCCUCGCAAUGUGGUGACCUCUGUGGCCGGCCUGUCAGCCCAGGACAUCAGCCAGCCGCUGCAGAAUAGCUUCAUCCACACGGGGCAUGGCGACAGCGACCCCCGCCACUGCUGGGGCUUCCCUGACAAGAUCGAUGAACUGUAUCUGGGAAACCCCAUGGACCCUCCCGACCUGCUGAGCGUGGAACUGAGCACAUCCAGACCCACCCAGCAUCUGGGCAGGGUGAAAAGGGAGCCUCCACCUCGCCCUCCUCAGCCUGCCAUCUUCACUCAGAGUAAGUGGGGCUGCUCCCGGUGCCUUGGCCCCCGCCCCCGCCCCCUCUCUCCUCUCACUCCUCUCCUUCUGGAAGAACCAACCUACGACCCCGUGAGUGAGGACCAAGACCCCCUGUCCAGCGACUUCAAGAGGCUGGGCCUGCGAAAGCCAGGACUGCCCCGUGGGCUGUGGCUCGCGAAGCCCUCGGCCCGGGUGCCAGGCACCAAGGCUGGCCGCGGUGGCGGCGAGGUCACACUCAUCGACUUUGGCGAGGAGCCUGUUGUGCUGGCCCCACGGCCCUGUGCCCCCUCACUGGCGCAGCUGGCCAUGGAUGCCUGUUCCUUGCUGGACAAGACCCCGCCGCAGAGCCCUACACGGGCCCUGCCCCGGCCCCUGCAUCCCACGCCUGUGGUGGACUGGGAUGCGCGCCCGCUGCCCCCGCCUCCUGCCUACGACGAUGUGGCCCAGGAUGAGGAUGACUUUGAGGUCUGCUCCAUCAACAGCACCCUAGUGGGCGCCGGGGUCUCUGCUGAGCCCAGCCAGGGCGAGACCAACUACGCCUUUGUGCCUGAGCCGGCGAGGCUCCUCCCCCCUCUGGAGGACAACCUGUUCCUCCCACCCCAGGGUGGGGGCAAGCCACCCAACUCGGCCCAAACCGCAGAGAUCUUCCAGGCGCUGCAGCAGGAAUGCAUGCGGCAGCUGCAGGUCCCGGCUGGCUCUCUGGUCCCCUCGCCCAGCCCCGGGGGUGACGACAAGCCCCAGGUCCCCCCCCGGGUGCCCAUCCCCCCGAGGCCCACGCGCUCACAUGGCGAGCUGUCUCCGGCCCCCCCAGGCGAGGAGGAGACGGGCCGGUGGCCCGGACCUGCCUCCCCUCCCCGGGUGCCUCCCCGGGAGCCCCUAUCUCCACAAGGCUCCAGGACUCCCAGCCCCCUGGUGCCACGUGGCAGCUCCCCGCUGCCACCCCGGCUCUCCAGCUCACCUGGGAAGACCAUGCCCACCACCCAGAGCUUUGCCUCAGACCCCAAGUAUGCCACACCCCAGGUGAUCCAGGCGCCUGGCCCGCGGGCUGGCCCCUGCAUCUUGCCCAUCGUCCGAGAUGGGAAGAAGGUCAGCAGCACCCACUACUACCUGCUACCUGAGCGCCCGCCCUAUCUGGAGCGCUACCAGCGCUUCCUGCAUGAGGCCCAGAGCCCCAAAGAGCCAGAACCCAUGCCCGUGCCCCUGCUGCUGCCCCCUCCCAGCACCCCAGCCCCAGCCGCCCCCACUGCCACUGUUCGACCAAUGCCCCAGGCUGCCCCAGACCCCAAGGCCAACUUCUCCACCAACAACAGCAACCCAGGGGCCCGGCCAUCCGCCCAGAGGGCCACUGCUCGGCUGCCACAGAGGGGCUACCCUGGGGACGGGCCAGAGGCUGGGCGACCUGCAGACAAGGUCCAGAUGCUGCAGGCCAUGGUGCAUGGGGUGACCACAGAGGAGUGCCAGGCGGCCCUGCAGAGCCACAGCUGGAGCGUGCAGAGGGCUGCCCAGUAUCUGAAGGUGGAGCAGCUCUUUGGUCUGGGUCUGCGGCCACGAGGCGAGUGCCACAACGUGCUGGAGAUGUUCGACUGGAACCUGGAGCAGGCCGGCUGCCACCUGCUGGGCUCCUGCGGCCCUGCCCACCACAAGCGUUGAGAUGCCUGAAGAGCCAGAGGAUCUGCCCUGAAGGAAUCACUUAAGCUUGUCCAUCUGAGGAGGGCGUGGAGACUCCCUGCCAGGCCUGGAAGACCUGCUGCACCCACGGCUCCCAGUGGCAGAGCGAGGCCGUGGCAGCAGGAAGCUGGGACUCCCGCCCUGCCUGUCCCUCCCUCCCCCAGUGCUGUCCCUGCAGCUUCAGAAGCCCUUGGUGCCCCAGCCAAGGUGCAGGAGGGGGCCUCUUGAAGGCAGGCUGGGGUCGGCCUCAGCAGGCCCUACAGCUGACCUGCCUCUGGGCUUAAGUCCCUGGUGGAGCCUGUGGCUAAAGGGUGUGGCCAGGCCUUGCCGGCGGGAAAGCCGGACUUGACUUUGGGCAGGGAGGAUGUGUUGGCCAUACAGAGAGGUGGACCAGGGAGUGGAUGGGGGCCCUUCACAGGGCUAGGCCCUUUCCAGGGAGCCCUGUCGAACAGAAUGUGGCCUCACCGUGGACCUAUUAUGGGACUUGGCCGGUCUUAGGAUCUUGUGCCUGAAAAUAGCCUGAGGUGGCUCAGGUAGCAGAGCUAGGGUGCCAGAUCGUUCUCUGGCAGGGACCAGGGCCCAAGGGCCCAGGAUUGGAAGGAGACCAAGGGGGCAGCUGCCCUGGAGGGACACCCAGUGCUUCCUCUCUGACCCAGCUCUUCCCCUGUGCUGUUCCGUGUUUUCCCACCAGCCUCUGUCGCCAAAGUUGCUGCCCCAGCUAUGAAUAUCUGCUUCUUCCAGAGAAAUAAAGUUAGUUUCUAUUUUAUGUUA